AAUGUUGCUAUUUAGGACUUUUCAUUCCGUUUCAUGUAAAAAUGCAUUUGGUUUCAUUUCACCAUGGCAUCAUUUCGUAGUAUAGCAAAAAGUCUGAAGCAUGUUUUUUUUGUUGCCACUUAGCCAUAGUAGCCGUUUAUAUUUGCAUAAUAGGUGACAAUGAACUCGCAACCGCUGCAAUCCAUUUUGCCUCAUUGAAAUUCCAAGUUUGUUUCGUAUAAUGCUGCUAGUAGCUAGUGUAGUUCAUUUUUCUUUUUCUUCAAUUCGUCAUCACACUUCUUGUGAUAUUUUCUUCAUAACAAGCGUGGCCACAACAAAUCCAUUCCCUACGUGCAUUUUUCCUGCAAAAUACCAGCCACGCAACGUGGCUGAAGAAAACAACACGAAAAGCGAAUGUGCAAGAAUUCUGACGGACGGAAGAAAAGUGUUUUGUGUGUCAUAAAUAAAGCGAGACAUGGUCGAGUAACAUAAAAUAUUGUCCCUUAAAGCGAUAGCCAUAGUUUUUUGUGUGCUGCUUUCAUUUAUUUCUACUUCAAUUGUGUCAAACUUUGACUAAUCCAUCGGAUAUGAUUGCUAUUUUCUCUGUUUGUUCUAGUUGUAGUCCAAUAAAUUGCAAUUAUUAGGUAAAUGGUUGCGUCGUCGACAUAAACAAACGUUUGAUAAUGAUAACAAUUCGUAGCACAACAUUGUGUUUAUUUAGAAGUAGACCGUGAUUUGAUUCGCACGCACUUUCAACAACCUGCACGGCUCAUUCAUUUUGCCCAUUUCACUAGCUCAAUACCAUAUCAAAACUCAUUAUAAUUUUUCGACAGGCUUCGUAGCGUCGUUGCAUAAAAUUGCAUUGAUAAAAUUUAAAUUACACGACGCCGAUUCCGCCCAAAACCAAACAUCAGCGUGUUUAUUGUUUGAGUACAACAAACAGUAAAACGCCGCAUCGAAUCCUUUUAUUGUGCCCGUCUGGCUGCAUUCUUCCGGUCAAUAAAUAUUCUCCAUUUCUUAAGGCGGCUCACUGUUGCCACCCUUGAUUUAUUCCCGUAUGCGGAAAAAAAGCGAAACUGUUACGGGAUUCUUAAACGUCCGUAAUUAUACUUUAUAUUCACUUGUGUUCCAUGCGCUGGAUGUACAUUUCGAAAUAACGAACACAAAAAAAAAUUGUGAUUCUAUUCUCUGCGAAAUACUACAAGUGCCCGCGUCGUGUUUUCAUUCAGUCUGGAUUUUGCCGUGAACGAAUGCAGACGAAGAAUGAAGGAAGAAUUCAAUUUUAAGCCUACUUGCAAGAAAUUGCAAGGCAAAAACGUGCUCUGGAAUUAAAAAAGUUCAAAUUAUUUGACUUGCGAACCGUGUAAGGUGUUAUUGUUCUCUGACGCAAAACCAUACCGUUCAUAUUCGCACAGUUGACACAGUGUUUGUUGGAAUUUUGGUAUAAGUGCGCAUGUUUGUGCAUUCAGAUCAUACGAUGGUACAGCACAGCAUCAAUGACAAUACGUACACAAACACAGUGAAACAGUAGACAGGCCUUCGGAUAUAGCGCACACAUGAUUUGAUAAUAAGUAUCGACCAACUCUAUGUAGUACGAAUAGAUGGCAAUUUUGACAGUUCAUCUUUGAAUUGUGAGCUGAACAACAUGCAUCAUUUGCAAAUUCACACAAUUAUUGAGAUAAAAACCAUAUUCUGUCGAUAGAAAGAAGUGAAAAUUGAAAAAAAAAAGACAAACGUGAACAAUAAACAAAAUAGACUAACAAUUUGGUGUUUUUUUUUUCUCUUGAGAUGAAAAUGUUUGGCACAAAAUUGCGUAGUGGAAUUAAUAGCAGCAACAUCACUGGAGAUGAAACCAUUCGACGUGUAACUCGUGAGAAAAUUAUCGUUCGCGGCAAUAAAACCAUCCGAACUUUGGAUUCAACCACGUCAUUUUUGCCAAUUAUUGAAAGCAAUGUACAAAAUGCGACGAGCUUUCAACAUAUGGCCCGAAUGAUGGAUUCAUUAAUUUUGAAUGAGUUUCCGCCGUACACAUUCACCAAAAUAACGACAACUCAUCGGCCGACCCGCACCAACAACGGCAUGAAUGCAUCAAAACUGCUCGCCAAGUCAACGGCCAAUAUCGCAACAGCUGCUUCAAAUAUGAACAACAACAAUAACAAUGCAACCGUUGCAUCAGCGCUUGGGAUGAACGGAGGCCUUCGACAAUCUCCAAAAUCUAAAGUACCCAUGCAAGAAGUUCCACCAACGCCACGGUAUCCACAACAAAGCGCAACACAUACGACAAAUGGAAACAAUCAAGCUGAUAACCGUUGGAUAAGUUCUCUUCGACGACGCGAUCCGGAACUUCAGCCGACAUUGCCGUCGAUCAAUAACAAUCACAAUAAUAGCUACAAUUCAAAUGGGUCCGCCUCAAUUGCAUAUACGUUAGAUAAACGCGGUCGCAGCAGCAAAAUAUCACCAACAUUACGAAAGAGUCGAUCCAUUGAACGGGUUCGAGCGCGCAAAAUGAAACUCAAAGAAAAACCGAAGAAAUCAUCGUCCGAAGAAAAUGAAGACGAUCCAGAGGCAACAUCAAUCGAAGAGAACUCAACGAACAGCUCACCUAAAGGGUUGAGAACUCGCGAGAAAAUCAAAGUGUUUAAUUCAAGCGGAUAUGAGUCACAUUUGGUGGACAGUUUGGAAAAGGAUAUUUUGCAACGCAACCCAAGCAUUCAGUGGAACCAUGUGGCUGGUUUGAAUGAAGCUAAGGCCAUUUUACAAGAAGCAGUUGUUCUACCAGUUAUCAUGCCCGAAUUUUUCAAAGGCAUUCGGCGACCAUGGAAGGGAAUUUUGAUGGUCGGUCCACCAGGCACUGGCAAAACGAUGUUGGCUAAAGCGGUAGCAACUGAAUGCGGAACCACAUUUUUCAACGUGUCAUCGAGCACGCUUACAUCAAAAUAUCGUGGUGAAAGUGAAAAAUUGGUGCGGCUACUCUUUGAAAUGGCUCGUUUCCAUGCGCCGAGCACAAUUUUCAUCGAUGAAAUCGAUUCAUUGUGUGCAAAUCGAGGCACUGACACAGAACACGAAGCGAGUCGCCGUUUUAAAGCCGAACUUUUAAUUCAAAUGGAUGGCUUGAAUGAGUCAUUGGGUGAUGAUAAAAUUAUCAUGGUGUUAGCGGCAACCAAUCAUCCAUGGGAUAUCGAUGAAGCGUUUCGCAGACGUUUUGAAAAGCGCAUUUUCAUUGGACUUCCAAAUGAGGAAACGCGAACUGCCUUGUUAAGUCUUUGUCUGAAGGGUGUGAAUUUAUCAUUAAAUUUGGAUACCAAAGCCAUAUCAGAUCAAUUGAAUGGUUUCACGGGUUCGGAUAUAACAAAUGUGUGUCGCGAUGCGGCAAUGAUGUCGAUGCGACGAAAGAUAACGGGUCGAUCACCAGCUGAAAUUAAGCAAAUUCGACGGGAAGAAGUCGAUUUACCAGUGACCGAACAAGAUUUCCACGAUGCAAUGCUCCGUACACGGAAAUCCGUAUCGGUGGGCGAUAUUGCAAAAUUUCAAAAAUGGAUGGAAGAAUAUGGAUCGUGUUGAUUCAAUUUUUUAUAGUAAAUUUGAUUAAGCGUUUGGCUUAACUCUGUCUGCGAUGGAGGACGUGCAUUAAACUUUUCUUUGCUUAUUUUGAUAUUUACCAGAGCUAAUCAAUAUUUAUUUCAACCAAAUAAUUGACAUUCACUCUUCUUUGUAUUGACCAAACAUUUUGAAAUUAGUUAUUAUAGAGCUUCUUUCUGUUGCAUACCAAUAUUUAUACAAAAAAAAAACAAAUAAAGGAACUGACGAUUACAUCAAA